GCGUUUUUCCACUAUAGUCGAGCUACUAUUUCGAUAGUAGAGAGAAAACAAUCUACAACUGUGAACAGGGGGUUUAGGAUGUUUAAUAUUUUAUAUUUCUUGGAAUCUUUCAACAGUGUUUUUUUUUCUCUGAUAUUGAGGAAAGAGAAAGAGCGGAAGAUGGAAAAAUUAAAUGGUGAUAUUAAUAAGAGAUUCAUAACUGAUGACAGCCGCAUGUAGUACAGUUAGGAAUCGGUCAUGAUCUAAUGAGAGAGGGAGACUAAUAAGAAAAUCAGGCACAAUGGACUCACUAGACUGAUGAUGAUUUAUUGUAGGUAUAAUUCCUGACCUCUCCAGACCUCGGUCCAUCAAGGACCAAGCACUCUGUGGACGACAGCAGGAACAUUGCGCGGGGGAAGGGGGGGGGUUGGAUUGGAAUUGACGGUGGUACUUAAUCUGCUCACCGGGAGUUCUUUUUUUUUCCACGUUCUUGGGUGAAAAGUGAGCGAGAUCUCACGGUGUCAGAGAGCUCAAGAAGUCAUCAACGGUGUUGGUCAUUGAAGGUUGGGUAUGUGGGGUUGGGUGCUGAGAUGGUUGGGUAUUUCUUGGAUUGUGGUUGUGUUGGAGGCGAAGGGCAUGAGAAUGCCAAAGAAGCGUCCAUUUAAAUUGACUGCCGCCGCUUGAUGCUGUCAAUGACGGCGCGCUCCAAUGACGAUGAUGAUGGUUCUUUAGCGCUAAACCAUUCCCGCCACAAGAAGAGUGGUCUUACAUACCCAAGUGAGAUGGCAUGCUGUGUAUUCUUGUGAAACGGGAGAGAUACCACUACAUCCACUACCCAAUCUCUAUUUACUUCAUUCUCUCUCUCACUUGUAUUCCAAACACCGAAGCCCCCCUUGCUAUAUAUAUAUACAUUUCCAUUAUAUACAUACAUCAUACAGAACGGAGAAUUGACGCUUCGGCGCAGUACAAUGUGUCUAGGUAUUUUGGAAUCCUCUCUCAUAUACACAAUUUGUUGUAUUACCUCGAAAACCAGUCGAUUUUGUUUCAGUCUUCGUACAGUCUUUGCUUCAACCCGUUCCAAUCUGUCCGCCGCUCUUGUAUUGUAUCAAAAAAAUAAUAAAAAAAAAUAAAAUAAAAAAAUUAAUACAAAGUUAUCACACAAAAAAAAUUAUUAAAACGUAUAACAUUUUAAAAACAAAAUUUUUCAAAUAACCAAUUUUUCUUCAUUAUCAACAAUAAAAAAAAUCAGUUUUUAAAACAACAAAAAAAACCAUCACCACCGAAUUUGAUAAAAAAGAUACACAAGUUUAAUUUUUCUCAAUGCAAAAGCUUAAUCAUCUUUCGGAAAAUUGUUAAAACGGAAAUCUUCAAAAACGGCCAAAAUCGAAAAAAAAGUCGUGCAGAGGUUCUUGAACAUAAAACCGAAGUUCGGACCAAGCGAACACAAGCUGGAAAAGCUUAAAGUUGAAGAAGAAAAAAGUUUAGCGAGAUUGUUUUUCGGUGGUUCUACUUCAUUUUCUUCGGUUCUUUUUUCCGUUUUUUUGACCAAAUCGUAUUUUGGGACAUUUUUCGGAGUUUCGAUCAAGAGUGACAGAAAUUUAAAUUAUUUUUUGAAAAAUUCUCAACUGGCAACAUCAACAGUGUUUGCAAAAUCACUUUUCUGAAGGAAAAGCUCAAAAGUGUUGAAAGCUGCCAAAAAGAACAAAACAAAAACGACAUCAAGCCAUCAACCCAUCGAGGCUACAGAUGAAGUAAAAAGUUGAUCAAACAUUGACUUAAUCCUUACCCCCUAUACAAUCCAAACGAACAAUCUAUCACAGAAAACCUAUAUCCUUUCUCCCCAAUACCCUCAAGAGCACAAAAUAUCCAUCUUUUCAUACAAAUUUGCAAACAAUUGAGAUUGGAUCCCAAGUCCAUUCUGGAAGCCAAUACAAAAAAAAAGAGAAUCCAAACAAGAAAAAAAAAUAUAAACAAGAAUAAGACAACAAUUCGAUUGAGCCACACGACUCAAAAUAUCGCGUUGAAACGCAUCUAAGCGACAAAUUGAAUGUUUAUAAUCAAACUAAACGACAAUUAAACGGUAUAUAAGUCUUUUGAAGUUAGAAGUGGUCAUUGAGAACUUUUGCCAAGGGGCGGAAAAUUGGUAAAAAAUCGAUGCAAUUGAGGUGCAAGGCGCUAGAGAGGCUAUAAAAAAAACACCGGUUUAUAAAAAAAACGAGGAAAAAUCAGUCAAUUGAAUAAGUGUGUUAAUUGUUUGUUGUUGUUCUCCAAACAAAGUGAUUUGUUUGCAAAUAUCUACACAAAAAAUAUAUACACUGAUUAGCAAGGUAAAUUACUAAAAACAAAAAAUAGGAAAAAUACUAGAAAUCUUGUGCAAGUGUCCAAUUGAUUCUUCUUCGAAGGGCAAAUCUAGAUUGACAAAAAAAAAACAAGAAGUAAAGAAAGUGUUCAAAAAAAAAGAGUGCAAUAGUUAACUGUUGAGUGGAGAAGAAAGCUUUCGAAAAAAACAAAAAAUAAAUAUUUUCUGCAAUUAAUUUACAGAAGAGCUUAUAGAAGCUUUUGUACUUAUUUCUAGAAUUAUUCGACUGAUAUAUUGCCAAGUUGAUUUUAUUUAAAAAAGAAAUUAUUAUUAUAAAGGAGAUUAAAAUAUCUACGAGAGGUACUAAAAUUUUUGUUAAUUCCACAAGUUUAAAGUUCAAUCACCAAAGAUAGAAGAGAUUUAUUUAGAAAAACGGAUAGAUUGAGAUUUAUCCUGAGGGUAAUUUGUCUGAGACACUUCAAGGAAUUUACAAAAAUACGGAAAAGGGUAACUCCCGGAGAUUUUAAUUGAAAAGUAGAUUAAUUAAAAGAAUAAAUUAAUAGGUGUUUUGUGCAAUAUAUGACGUAGAGCGUGAAAUACAAUAUAACUUUUAUCGUGAUUUACUGUAAUGAUUGAGAGUUACUGGGCGAUGUAAAUGCAAGAAAAUAUAAAGAGAUUAUAUAGUUAAUAGGACUUGUACCGUCUACAUAUCACUAAAAUAAUAGUUAAUGAUAUACAGUUUUUUUUUCUUUCGUGCAAGGUGCGACAAGUUGAGAUAGCAAUCUUUUUACUAGCAAUUCCAGGAUAUAUUGUUUUAUUAAACUCAGAUUAAAUAGAAGAGGAAAAAGAAGUAAUUAUCAAAAAAAAAAAAAUAUUUAAAAAAAAAACCCAUUGUACACCUGAUAUUAAAUCCAAUAAGUGGGAUAGGUUUACGGGGAUAGGUGGUUAAAGUGAGAAUCUUGAGUGAUUACAAAGCAGUCAAUACUAGAAACUAAGAGCAAAGUGAAAUCGUAUCGGCAUUUUCAGCAUUAAACGGCUAUUUUAGGCAUAGAUUUUAGGAUCUGUUUAGGGCAUAGGCUAUCUAGGUGACUAUUUUUGUUUUUGGAGGUAUAGGCACUAGAACUCGUAAGUUGGGUUUAAAGUGAAAAAAAAGAAGAGCGUUCUAGACAAUCAAUCGUAGAUUUAGUAAAAAAUAUAUUUCAAGCAUCAUUGAAAUAGACGACAAUCCUUCCGAUUAGUUACUCACCCCCUGCAACAUUUUCUGCAAAAAGAAAUUUGAAAAACAAAUAUUGCAAUCCCUGCUACAAGUUGCAGGACACCGAGGUUUUGGUGAUUUUAGCUUAACGCAAAAAAAAACAAUCAAAAGCCAAUUUAUGAACUUUUCAACCCUUUCCUCUGCAGUACAGGCUUUUUCGCCCCUUAUUCUUGAAAUAAUACCCCAUUAACAAACUCGUACAUAGUUUAAAUAGCACAGCUUAAUCACAAAUACAUAACUUUUCGAGCUUCAAGGGGUAAGGGUAUUCGUGUCGUAGGUGAGGACCUGGUAGCUGGAGAAGUAAAAAAAAAACUAGUGUUAAGUAUUUGCAUAGGGCUCGCAAAGGGGUUUAGUAUUUAACCCAAGUCACUGCAUAAAAGUAAUCAAUUGUAUGAAACUCGUAAAACCUCAAAUAUUUGAGGUGCAUAGAGAAGGUAUUUAAAGGUACGCUCAUAUUCGUUUUUAUUUGUAAUUUUUAUUAGGACAAAAUAUUCUCCCGUGUGCAAAAAACAAAAGAAGUCUUAAAGGUCUUGGGCUGCAAAAGCCAAGAGUCUUGAAGACGUGGAAGAAGAUAUAAAACUGUUGGAAUUUACAUUCCAAAACGCCGCGUAGAAUACUGAUUGAGAACUCGUUUUUCCUCCCAAAGCAUUCAACUUUUCUCUUUCCUGAACCUUUUACACCACAGUCACACUUUCGGUGGGGGUUUAAACCUCUGUAUUCAGGUGCAAAAAAAAAAUUAAAUAAAAAAGCACAGGUGAAUUGGAAGAAUCCUCCAUAGAAAAUUGCUACUGCUGCAUUAAUUGACUUUAUGGUGCUACAAACACCAAACGGACCGAGCAAAGUGCAGUGUUUAUUUUAAUGUGAUUGCACCUAUAGGGGAUAGAACAAGUGAACGUAGGUGACAAAAAAAACGUUAGACAAUCAGUAGUUUUGACGGUAAAAAAAAUUGCACAAGGUGACAAUAGAGUAAAAGUUGGUCAAAGAUUUGUAUGUGGUUUAAGGGGAGUACCUUAAGCAUUGCAGUAUUACGAAUUAAGUAGUUUUGGUGCCAGGUUUUUAUAUAUAAAAAAGCAUCUAAUUUGUGCGGAAAAAUCAACAGAGCUGAAACAAUUUACAAGAUUCUUUUCCUAAAGUAAUAACAAAAUUGCAGAAAAAUAUUACUUUGUGGUAAAGGCGAUAGAAGCAAAAUAGAGAGAGAAAAAAAAAUCAACAAGUGUGUAAAUUAUUUAAAAUGAAUCAAAUAUCGUAAGAUAAAAGCCAAGAUUUUUGUACUAAAAGAUACUCAACAACAAACAACAAAAAAAAAUAAUAUUUCGCGCUUGGUUUCGAUUGUCUCAUAUCUAUACAAAAACAUUCUCCAACACAGACACUCUUUGAGUAAAUACAAGCAAAAGAAUUGAAAGAGAAUUUAAAAAAUACAACAAAAAAAACGAAAGGGUUAAUCGCCGCAAGACGCUUAAAAUCGAAACUCGUCCCAUUAAGAAAAAAAAAAGAACGUGAAGAAGAAGGCAUUUGAGAAUAAGAAGUGAGACAGCAAAAGUUGAGAAGAAGACGCGGUUAUUAACAUAAACAUAAACCAGCGAGAGUGUUGAGCAUAAGAAAAAUAUCGAAGUAGAAUAACACCAAGAGCGGUGGUUAGGAGUUUUUCGAAGAAAUUAUUCCCCUGUGUGACUCUUGGCUAGUUUUCAAGCCAUCAUCAUCCCAACACAAGUUCUUCUUCUCCCUCCUUUGGUUUGUUCUGGCUCUUUUUAAAGAACAAAAAGAACAAAAAAAAAGAGAGAAAGAGGCAUUUUCUUGGGACAAUAAACUCGCCUUGGCCGCGGCGUUCCGAGCUACAACAACAAUUGCCAACAAGCAAAAGAAUUUAUCCAUCGCGAUACCGAAAAAGUAAUAUAGGUAGAAGUGAAACAGCAACAUUAAAGAAGUUCUUGUAAGAAGAGAAAAUAGAAUAUAAAACCUGUUGCGUAGUGCACUGAAAUUGAAAGGGGGGCACUUGAAGACAGUCAAUUCAACUUCUUCAUUCGACCACAGACAUAUAAUACAAUCCAUCGGGGAGAACAAGAAUCUUCCCAAACAUAUAUUCUCUUGGCCAUUGCAAACCUGCCCACCGAAGAAGAAACAAUUGCAGGAUUUUUUGCUCAUCCUCAGUGUUUGAUCGUUUUUCUUUGACGCGUCAUAUCCGUUUUUGUCUUUAAUUGGUCUCCCGUAGGAUCAUUGAAAAUCCAAAGGAGAUAGUGCUAAGAUAUUUCGGUUCUAGAGGGUAUUUGCAAGCAAAACAAAUCCAAAACCCUAAAUUGCCGAAAACCCUUGGAGCUAAAAUAGACCAAGGUUUUUUUGGGGUACUAGUCCCUUGCACACCGCAUCUCAAGCCCACUUCAAGCGGAUAAAGCCAUCUAUAUACCGGUGAAUUAUAUUCGUAGUGACGAGAACGCGAGUUUAGAAAGGUGUUUUCCAUAAAAGGGGUGAACAAUACAUCGCCCGCCCCCGUGUUCUCAAAUCUUAUUUUGGCACUGUCGUUUUGUGGAGGGUGGCAAAUGCUCGUCUAAGAGAUAAAGUUUUCUUUUUUGGCAAAUUGACGUGUUAGCGCGUUUUGUGUGUGAAAAGAAUUGUCGUCACAACGUAUUUCCCACCGGGCCUCGCUCUCUGUCCCCCCUUUUUGUCUCCUCCAUCGUCGUCGGCGUCAUCUGUAGUGUCGGCAGCUGUUACGGCGUCCCAAAUCUUGGCGCCAUCGUCACUGUUGCCCCAUCAGCACAUACAGCAUCAGGCACAGCAGCCCCAGUUGCCAGUGUCCAGUCACCAUUCCUUUGUCCCGUCCCUACCGCUAACAACCAGUAGCGGAUACCAGACGGGCAUCCAUCAUCAUCCGGCGGCGGCACACAAUCCCGCCCUCUGCUACUGCGGCCACUGCUGUCCGCAGCCAAGUUUAGUGGGUGGCACAGUUGCCCCCACGCUCAUCCUGAGCCGCUACACCGAGAUCAAUCUGUGCGAUUCGCUAACGCUGAGGAAUCAGCAGCACCAGGCAGCCGCCGCAGCAGCCGCCGCCACUGCAUCCUUCGCCAACGGCUAUCUGCCCUCUCUGCCGUCAGGCAUUAAUUCACACGCUCAGUUUAACGGAAAAGAGAUGGUAAGGACUGAUGAUUUGAUGAUCGAAGAGAGUGAAGUAGAAUAUAGAGGUAGUGACGAACUUCUGAGUCAAGCAGCUGUUAUGGCGCCUGCAUCUGAUAACAAUAAUCAAGAUUUGGCAAGCAAAAAGGCAAAACUGGAAACAAAUACAGUCCUCGGUGGUGUUGGUAAACCAUCCCGUGUUAUACACAUCAGAAACAUACCGAAUGAGUCCAGUGAGGCGGAAGUUGUCCAAUUGGGCGUAGCUUUUGGCCGAGUGACAAAUGUGCUGGUGCUGAAAGGGAAGAAUCAGGCCUUUCUGGAGAUGGCUGAUGAAGUAUCAGCUGCUGCCAUGGUGGCUUGCUUCAAUACCAAUCCACCUCAAGUUCGUGGAAGGACGGUUUAUGUGCAGUUCUCCAAUCAUCGGGAACUUAAGACCGAUCAGAGUCAUUCAAUAGCGAGUGCGUCGGCGGCCCUGCAGAAUCAGGACUUUCAGAUCCAGUCACCAGCCAGUGGAUCCCCCCUGCCCGUAUCGGGAACGGAUCCAACAUCUCAGGCUGUACAGAAUUCUACGUCGAGCGGCGGAGGUCCUAAUACUGUGCUCAGGGUCAUAGUUGAAUCACUCGUAUAUCCUGUCUCGCUUGAUAUUUUGCAUCAGAUUUUCCAGAGAUUUGGAAAAGUAUUAAAAAUCGUUACGUUUACGAAGAAUAAUUCAUUCCAAGCUCUCAUUCAGUAUCCCGAUGCUCAGACGGCUCAGCAUGCAAAGACAGUCCUAGAUGGGCAGAACAUCUACAAUGGAUGUUGCACCCUGAGGAUCGAUAACAGCAAACUGACGGCACUAAAUGUCAAGUACAACAAUGAUAAAUCGCGAGACUUUACCAAUCCUUCGUUACCUCCGGGUGAACCAGGGACAGAGGUCAUCGCGAGCGCCGGCGGCCUAGUUAACGCCAGUGACCUGCUGCUGCUCGCCACGCAACGGCGACCAGCUCUCACAGGUGAUAGACUAGCAGUUAAUGGCCUGGGAGCACCAGGAGUUCUGCCACCAUUCGCCCUGGGCCUGGGAACUCCUCUGGCCAGCGCCUAUGGUGGAGCUCUUCCGAGCUUGGGAGCAUUUGCUCUGGCAUCAACUGGUGCCCUUGGCAAUGCAACACCUGCCCUUCGUGGUCUCUCCAAUGUGCUUCUCGUGUCGAAUUUGAAUGAGGAGAUGGUCACGCCUGAUGCUCUAUUUACCCUCUUUGGGGUCUAUGGUGAUGUACAACGGGUGAAAAUUCUCUACAACAAAAAAGACUCAGCUUUAAUUCAGAUGGCUGAACCACAUCAAGCAUAUUUGGCAAUGAACCACUUGGAUAAAUUACGAUUGUGGGGCAAAUCGAUUCGGGUGAUGGCCAGUAAGCAUCAAGCUGUUCAAUUGCCAAAAGAGGGUCAACCAGAUGCUGGAUUAACGCGUGACUACUCUCAGAAUCCUCUGCAUCGUUUCAAGAAACCAGGCAGCAAAAACUACCAGAACAUUUAUCCGCCAUCGGCGACACUGCAUUUGAGUAACAUUCCGUCUACAAUAGCUGAGGAGGAUAUUCGUGAUGCGUUCGUUAAAAAUAGCUUCGAUGUUAAGGCGUUUAAAUUUUUCCCGAAAGACCGUAAAAUGGCUUUACUUCAACUGGGUUCUGUAGAAGAGGCAGUUCUGGCACUCAUCAAAAUGCACAAUUAUCAACUGUCGGAGUCCAAUCAUCUCCGUGUUAGUUUCUCCAAGUCUAACAUUUAAAGCAAAAAAAAAAUGAUUCAUUUGGGGGAAGAAAGGAUCUAGUGCUGCGGCAAUAACAUCAAAAAGGUACACAAAUAAUCAGGUCGCAGUAGAAGAAAGGGAAAUAAAAAGAAAUAGGUAGUAAUGGGAGAAGAGAAAUCCUCAAGGAUAUGCAUAUUAUCUGCAAAUGGUUGCAGGAAGAUUGAAAAAUUCAAACAACAAAACGGAAUUGCUCAGUCAAACUUGCAGUAGCAAUUUAGACCCUCUUUUGGAUAUGAAUUCAAUGAGAUUCUUACUUUUACGUCUUAUAUUGUUCUAUAAUCUAUGUUUAUGUUUUUUUUUCUUAAUAUUUUUUACACACUCUCUUCCUUUUCAUAUUAUUUUGCUUUGUUUUUUUUCGUCUUCUUCUCUAACACGAAGAAUCCUCUUAAAUUUAAGAGAAACAUGGUGCAAGAUCUGAAUAAAAGAUGCAAAGGAAGAGAUUUUUAUGUGCAGUUUUUUAAGGCCCAGUAAGAUUUACAAAAAAAAAAUGUUUUAAGUUUGACAGAGAGUGUUAUUUAAUUGACAUUUUUAUUGAAAUAAAAAAAGAAAUAAGAACACAGUAUUUUCUUCAAGAAUAUAUUUAAAAAAUAUAUAUAUUUUUAAUUGCAAGAGAUCCAGUUAAAAAGAUGUUAUUGAUAUAAUUUUCCAAUACGAACUACCUUCGAUUAGUGAAAUAAGGUUUAGUUGUUUAAAUUGUUAGUUUUUUUUAUAUAAAUAUGUUUUUAAGAAAUGCAGUUAGUUUACUGACAUUUUUUUGAAAGUUUGCAGAGAUACUUUCAGCAAAAAAAAUGAAAGUUUGUGAAAGAUACAAACACAAAAAAAACUGAUUAAAAGUAUAAAUGAAAUAAAUAUGAAUUUAAUAAAAAAAUAUCAUAAGACAUUGCCGACAGAGCUGAAAGAAAAUGUGAAUCCCGUGGAGAUGAAAAAUCACUAGACAGAAGUAAAAUACACAAAUUAAUACAUACACUUUUAACUUAAAUAAAACUAUUAAAAAAUGAUAAAAUUAAGCUGACAUGAACAAAGUUUAGAGGAAGAAGAAAAAGGAAUAUUAUGUAGAUGCGUUGAGCUUAUAUUUGAAACUAAUAAAAAAGGAUAAUUAUAGCAAAAAAAUAAAUAAAUAAAAAUGAAAAAGGGUGUAAAGGAUGAAAUUUUAAAACAUGGUGAUUUAAUAAUAAUAUCUCUUUAAAAAAAAAACAAAAAAUAACCUUUAAAAUGAAUGGAUAAAUGACGGAUAUAUCGCGAAAAAUCCUCAAUUUUACAAAAAAAUAUAUACACGGAGAAAAGUGAUUAAAGAAGUUAAUAAAAAAAUUAGCUAGAUGAGUGGAAAAUUUAAGGUGUAGUAAAUAAAAAUUGAAAAAAUAAAUAAAAAACAAUAUUUAAAAAAAAGUAUUGUGAAGUGAAGGAAUCAGCAGAGGACAAGAGGCAGCAAAUAUAAAAAAAAUCCUUUGCAGUACUUUCAUUGACAAUCAUCAAGAGAAAAGUGGAUCAUUUUACAAAGAGGAAAAAAAUAUCCAUUUACAAGGAAAACUAUAUCAACAAAAAUACCAACUUUGAAGUUUAAACUAAAAUUUGGUAUUGCAUAAAGUGAAAUUUAGGUAUCAAAACUUUGUGAAGCAUGACAAGAACAAGUGUAUAGAUUUAUCGAUUUUAGAAGAAAGUAAAAUUAAAAAAAAAAUACGACGCAGAAGCAUUUUAUUUAAGCUCCUAGAAUGAACCUAAAAAAAAACUAAGAAAUAAUCAGUGAAAAAAGUGAAAUAGUAAGGUAGGAAUAUUGAAAAAAAAAGAAGUAAAUUAUAUUAAAUGUUUAAGUAGUCAAAGUAAAUAAUUGUUAAAGUAAAGAACACAAAUUAUUGUUAAGUUUAUCCUCCCGCAAAAUGAAAAAUUAUUUGCCGUCAUCAAUUGCAAAUUUCUUUUUAUGAGCAACAGUUUAUUCUGGGCACUUUUUUUUUGGGUUCUAUUCCCAAGCAAUUUUUCCUUCAAACUUGGCACCUUUCCAGAAGCCACAAUCACGAACACACAAAAAAAGAAAUAUCCUUCGAAGGAAGAGCAAGAGUGCUCCAAUUUCAUCCAAUCUGUUCCAGUACGAAAUGUGCCCCCCUUCUCACAGUUUUUCCUCUAAAGUUGUUUUAUCACUAAACCAAAAAAUAAGCACUAGAAGAUUGCUAGAAAAAGAACAGUCGGAGAUGUUAUAGAAUUGGUAUAUCAGGCUUUUACAAUUUUCCUCACUUUUGCAACAUUUGCAAUUUUUCCCCAGAAACUGAAAUUUAUUUCACUCAAUCAAGUAAAAAGACCCCUAUCAAUAUCAGGAAAAUAUUUAUCAAAAAAAAAGAAGCCCUCUAUCCAUAUCUUUGGCAUAACUUUUAUAAACCAAUUUUUCGUUGUAUCUAUACAUUGGUGAAAAAAUAUCUUUGUUUUAAUCUGUGAUCAACACCGACAAUCAUUGUAAUUUAAAAGAGAAAAAAAAACAAAGAAAUGGUAAAACAAAAAAAUACGAGAAUUAAUAUUAGAAAAGCGCGCAUUCAGAAAAGCCCAAUUUUUCCUCAAUGUCUCUUGGAUGUUUCAUUUCCCCCCAAAUUUUGUUUAUUCAUGUGCUAAAUCCUUGUUUUACUCCAAAAAAAAGCAAAAAAUAACUUUCAUCGAUUCUUAUUGCUAUCGAGUCACUAGAAAUUGAUGUUAUUGAAGUAGUGUUGAAGAUUUAGGCAGAAAAAUAUGAGGGUUCUAUCAAAAUUGUCUUAACGAAGAUGAUCCUCAGAAAGUACCCAUUAAACGCGACAAAUGAUUAAAACAAUCACAAAAUAGGGAUAGUUGGUGGAAAACAUUGAUUAAGCGAGAGAAAAUAUAAAGUUUUAAUUAAAAUAAUUGCCGUUGUUUAUUAGAAAAAAAAUUAAAAAAAUAUAUAAUUCGGAAUCUUUCCAAUAAAUAAUAAUAAUGCUGGCACAAUAUUCCAUAAAGGAACUAGGUCUUUCCGCAAGGAGAUUUCUAGGCAUGCAUUAUUAUUUUUUUAUACGGUUUGAUGUUAUCAGUCCCAUGCCCCAUGGAAUCAAGGGCAGUGAAGCUCAGUGGUUGCAAUCCGAACACCUUUGCUCGAGACACUUGCAUCAUAGAGCGAGUGCUCUAACACUUGAUCCAUUGAGUUUCCAAGACGAGAUGAUAGGAUCAUAAAAAAUUAAAAAAAAAUUAAAUAUAGAAAAUUGGAAAUGGUUCACUGAAGACAGAUAAAAAUGAAGACAGAUUGUUAAUCAAACCAAUGUCCGAGACGGACUAACUCUAGAGAAAAUGAUGCUGCAUUAAGUUUCACAUUUUGUCUGUAUUGCGACAGAAAGCGCUGGCUGUAUUCUUGUAGAACAAAAUUACAAAUGUUCAAGCAAACGGGCUAAGACAAAAUCUUAAUCACCUAGAAUUCUUAGUUUUCAUAUAAUUAUUCGCAGAAUGGAAAUCCUAAUUUUAUAAAUUAUCUAAAGGUUAUUGGUAAUAAAAGCAUACUCAAAAUUGCAAUAGAUGGCGCCACUAUCAUUUUAAAUAAAAACAAAUGCAGAUAGUAACUAGAAAUUCUCCUUUUAUUUAAUUUAUUAUUUUAUUCUGAGAUUCAAAGGAGUAUUUAUUAAUCAUUCGAAAAUUAUAAAGAAUGACAGAUUCAUAAAAAUUCCGCUAGAUUGAGCUGCUGUCGCUUUUUAAGAACAGUCACUGGUAGAAAUCUGCAAGCGGCAAUAUUUAAAAAUCUUAAUAAUAUAAAGCAUUUCCUUUCAGUACGGAAAAUGACUCAUUUAUAUGUUAGAAGUGUUUAGAUUACGGGAAAUGCAAGCUUAAUGAAAAUUGUACCAGAUGGCGCUGCCAACUGUUCAAAGGAAAACAAGAACAGAUAUUUAAAAAAUAAAUAAUAAAACGGUAAAUACCCAGAAAUUCACUUUUUAUUUAACAAAUUGGUUUAUUCCACUUAUUCACAGGUCAGAAAACACGGAAAAAAAACGAUCUAAUUAAUUAACUGACAAUUAUGGAAAAUAACAGCCUUGUCAAAAUUGCGCUAGGUGGCAAUGCUUGCUUUAUAUAAAAAAAAAUAAGAAUGAACAUUAAAGAAAUAAGCGAUAAAAUAAUUAGUACCCAGAAAUUUUAUUAUUUAUUUAAUAAAUUGGUUUAUUCGGAGAUUACAAACCCCAUCUUAAUUAGUUAAUUGAAGAUUACGGAAUCUACCAGUCUUGUCAAAAUUGCGCUAGGUGGCACUGCUUGCUUUAUAAAAAAAAGCAAGAAUAAACAUUCAAGAAAUAAGCGAUAAACAGAUAAAUUCUCAGAAAUUGCUCCUUCAUUUAAUAAAUUGGUUUAUUCAGAUGUUACAAACUCAAAUUCAAUUAAUUAACUGAAAAUUAUGGAAUCUACCAGUUUUGUCAAAAUUCUGCUAGGUAGCGCUACUGGCAGUUUUUGAGACCAAAAAUGCAAAUAUUCAAUAACCAAUUGUUAAAAUGUGAAUGAUAUAAAACUUGGGAAAUUUGGUUAUGCAGAUGUUAAGAAAAUUGACUUUAUGAUACGUCUGAAGAUUAUAAGAUAUACAAGUUUUAUUUACAUUGAUGCUAGAUGGAAUUACUGGCACCAACUGGUACUCUUUUAAACCAAAAACUCGAUAAGAUUAAAGUAGCAUUAACAAAAUUCAAAUAUUUUUCAAACAUAUGAUCAUUUUAAAGAAAUCGAUUUAUUCAGUCUGAUUUUGUAAGUCUUCUGAAGACCGUAUAACAUGCAAGCUUUAUCAACAUCACGCUAGAUGGCAUUGCUGGUAUUUUGUUUAGAACAAAAGCUCUAAUGUUACAUUAAUGUUAGUAACAUCAGAUUUUUUUUUUCAAAAUUAUGGUGAUUUCGAAGAAAUUUAUUUAUUAUUUAAUCCGAUUUUUUACUGUCCCGAAGAUUGUAGAUCAUUCAGGCUUCGUUUGCAUUUCACUAGAUGGCCUUUCUGGCACUUUUUAGACCAAAAGCUCAAAUAUUAAAGUAUCGGGAGAAGAAAUCUAGAUUAUUUCACACUUGUGCCCAUUUUUUAAAAAUUGAUUUAGUCAUUCUGAUUUUGAUAUUCGACUCAGGAUUGGAGAACAUUCAAGCUUUGUCUGCAUUGCGUUAGAUGGCAUUGCUAUUAUUUUUUAAAUAUAAAACCUCAUAUAUUUGAAGUGGCGUUGCUAAAAAUCUUGUUUUUUUCAAACUUAUGCUCAUUUUUAAGAAAUUAAUUUAUUCAUUUUGAUUUAGUCAUUCAUCUGAGGAUACCAGAACAUUCAAGAUUCGUCUAUAUUGUGCAAGAUGGCAGGGUUUUCACGCUUUUAGAACAAAGUCUCUAAUAUUAAAACAAUGUUGGCAAAAUAAGAUUUGUUUUUCAAACCUAUGCUCAUUUUUGAGUAACUUAUUUAUUCAGUCUGAUUUUGCUGUUCAUCUGAAAAUUGUAGAGCAUUGAAGCUUCGUCUGCAAUGCGCUAGAUGGCGCUAAUGGUAAUAUUUAGUUUGAAAGCCCAAAUGUUCUAAAUUCAAAAUGUGCCAAUAUUUAAAUUUUCAAACCACAAAAAUCUGUACUUUUUAUUUAUUUCUUGCGGUUACUACUUUCACCAUCAACUAUCCCUAUUACCUUUGGAUAAGUAGAAGAUAAAUAUUGACAUAACAAAAGUGUAAUUUUUAGAAGUAAUAGAAAAACAAAAUGAAAAAUAUUUGGAGGGUUUACAUUUUAGGACAAAAGAAGAUGUAAGAAAAAUAAAUUGUGUAUCACAUUAUGUGAAAACACCGCCAAAUGAGUCAAUUCUAAACAUUUUUUCGACGAGGAAAAUAAUAAAAGAUUAAAAAAAAGGAUAAAAUUGAGAUUGGGAUACCUAUGUGUGGAUUUUUUAUACAAAAUGGUCACAAAAAAAUCAUUUCUCCAAGUGAUGUUUUUUUUGGAAAGAAAAAAAAACGACCUGCCAUUUGAGUUUAAAGAAAAUCAAAUUCGUGUUUUUUUUUCUAGUGAAAAGGAAAUGUAGAAGAAAUUUUUGUAGUUAAUGGAAGGUAGUAGAGAGUAUCACUUGUAGGCGCUAGAGAAAAAAAAUUGUAAAACUUAGCUGUAUUUGCUGUAUUACGGAAAAAUUGAUGAUCCUAGCAAAUGAUUGAUUGAGAUGCUAAAUGGUGAAUUUUUAAAAAUAUGACAAAAGAAAAAAAUUACGUGAAUGGCAUUUUCAAUUUUGGGAGAGGAAGAAUUCGAGGUACGGAAAGGGUUUUCCUGGAGGAUUACUGAAAAGGUCAUUUAAUGACGCACAAUAGAAAACACAAGCUAAAUGGUAAAAAAAAAUAGUGACUAUCACGUGAAAAUAUAAAUCAAAUGCUUAAGAAAAUGUGCAAAAGAAGAAAAAAAGAGAGAGUGAAAAUUAAUCGGGGAAUGAGAAGAAAAAUUGUUUAUUUUUGGAUUUGCAAUCAUCAUAUCUAAACAUAUUGAGAGAAAGAAAAUAAAAGAAGUAUUUUAGAAGAAAAUGAGAAGAAGAAAAAUAUAUAUAAAAAAAGGGCACAAUGUUCUUAUAUUUGAAUAUAUAUAUGGAGAAUAUUUAAAUUUAUAUAAACAUAUUUGAAGGACGAUUGAUAGGAAUCGAGAAUAAAAGAAAUCCCGUAUUGAUAAUUCGAGUGAAAUCGCAGUGAAUGAAAGGUAAGUAUGAUGAGAUAAAAAUAAAAGUAUUUACAGCAUUGAAAAGGUCAAAAGACAGCAACAAAUUCCUCGUAAGGUAGCAUAGCAUUGAAAGCUUUUGGUGUUGCAAUCAAAAAGCUCUGAUUGCAGCACAAAAGCUUCCAGGAUAUGCCCCGAAGGAGAGUAAAGUAGAAAGAUAUUUCUUACAAGAAAAAUUUUUAAUAAUUUAUCUUUUUUGUGACGAAAAUGAAAAAAAUAAAAAACAAGAAUCAAAUAGAAGAAAUUGAGCGAUUUUCGUGGGUAUAUUUGAGGUAUCAUAGAUGAUGUUUAAGCACAGAGGUUUAAGUGAAAAAGAAUAUUAAAAAAAAAUAAAACUGAAUACAGGUAAAUAAAUAUGGAAGAACAAAAUGCAUUGAUAAGCGUUUGCCUCCGAGACUUUUAUCAUUUUAUCAGCAAAAAAAAAAUAGAGAAAUAUUUCUUACCAUCGUAUUCUUCAUCACAAAAAAAAAGAAAAUAACUAUAUUUCAGCUGAAAGUAUUUCCUCAAGAAAAAAAAAUAGUUAGAUGAGAAAGAAUAUAAAAGAUGAAUAAAAAAAAUCUCUAUAUUACUUCAUAGAAUAGAUAAGCUUAAAGAAAAAUAUUAUGAAGAAGAAAAUUUAAAAGAAAAAAAUGCACCGAGACAAUUGAAUGAAGAAAAUAAAAAUAGAUGAGAGAAAAAACAAGAUAAAAUGACCAAUUAUUUAUCAGAAUUAUUAACUGUAUAUGUGUAUCAAGAUAACGUACUAAAAAAAAGAAGAAUUUAUCGUGAAAACAUUGACAAGAAAAAUUGAGGGAAAGUAACUGAUUACGUGGUCAAAGUUGAGGACAAAAAUAAAUUGAUUCAUUUUAAAUUUGUCAAAGUAUUGUAUAAAAAAAAACACAAAAUAGAGAAAAAAAACUAAUUUUAAAAGAAAAAAAACACCAGUGAAAAUAUAUCUAUAUAUUAUUAUAAAUAAAGAAAAAAAUUAUGGUAAAUGAAUAAAAGUCAUGAAAUAAAAAUUAAUCCUAUAUUUAAAAAAAAGAGAAGAAGAAAAAGAUGAUAAUAGAAUAAGCCUACACAAAAAGUGUAUUUCGCGAGUAAAAAUAUUUUGAAAAAAAAUACAUGUGAAAGAGCGUAUUAAUCAAUAGAAAAAAAUAUAUAUAUAUUGACUAAAACAAUCUUACGUGAAAAAAAACUCUGUCGAACAAGAGGAAAAAUAAAUGGGAAUAGAGAAAGAUAAGAAAAAUCUGAAGAAGAGAAAGGAACAAUUUAAGGAAAAAAAAGAAAAAUAAAUAAAUUAUAUUGCUAUAAUCUCUUAUUAACUAUACAAAAAAAAACAAACUUACAUCUUACAUAUAAAUUAUCUAUAUUUAGCGCUAAUUUUAAUCUUACCUAUGACAUACCUAUGACUACAUUAUCAUUAUGAAUUAUCAUUAUUAUUAUAAAUUUAAAAAGAAAAUUAAAAGUAAUUAACAGUGAAGCAAAACAAGUAUAAAAAAAUAAGGCGAAACAAUCGAGAGCAAAUAAAUGGAAAAAAGUGAAAUAUUAAUCUAUUGUAAAAGAAAAUGCAAAAAAAAAUUUAGUAUCAAAUAUUGAAUAGAAGACAAAAAAAUAUACACAAAAUUUGAAGAAUAAAAAAAAACGGAACGAAUUAAAAAUGUUAAUUGCGACAAAUUUCGCGAAACACUAAAAAAAAACCAACAAAACGCAAAAAUCUUUAAGGCCUAAUUUGUUGUCUCUGAAAAUCUUCAUUGUAAAUGUUUUUUUUUUCUAUAAUUUUAUUCUUUUUUCAAUUUAUUAACAUUUUAACGAUUCUCCUCAAAAAAAUCUAUAUUUUUUCCAUUCUCAAUUUAGUGGUUAAAAAAAAAAAGAAAUUUCUCAAAAAUGAAAAAGCAAAUCAAAUUGUUGCAUUCUCUUUCAACAAAAAAAAUGUACCAAAAAAACGGAGAAAGUGUGAGGAGAAAACUUUCGGAGAAAGGACACUCAAUGGAGGAAGGUCACAAAAGUUUUAAAAAAGAAAUCAAUUAAUCAUAGAGAAAAAACCACAAGAAAUUAGUGAGACAAAGGAAUUUUGAAUUGUUAUUAAAGACAAAAAAAAAACUGAAAGAGAUGAAAAUUAUAGAGAAAUGAAUUGUCAGAUUACUCAUUAAUUAUUAAAAUAUUAUUAUUAUACAUUUUACUAUAUUGAAAGGAGAAAAAAAAUGGUGAAAAUAAAAUUCAGAGAAUAAAGUACAGAAAGAAUUAUUAAUUUAUGCUCGAGAACAAGGUGCACAGCAAUUCAGAGCAAAGUGUACAAGCAGCUGUGCGUCAUAACUUCUUAUCAUACAAAAGAAAGCCCUAAAAUGUUCAAGAAGAAAUGACGUAAAUAAGAAAAACCAGUUCUAACAGAGCAUUCUGAGGUAAAAAGUAACUUUCUGUACUUUCGAGGAAAUAUAUUUAAUGAGAAAAAGAUCCAGUCGCAUUUAAAAAUUUUGUCGUUUUAUAAUAAAAUGUGUAAAAUUUAUUAAGAACAAAAA